UGUACUUUCAAGUUGAAUCCAUGCACCUGAAAUAGCGGAUUCAAUUUUGUUACGUUUCUUCUUUUAAUGGAUCGAUGCACACUGAAUUGUAAACGCGGGACAGACGAUAGUGUUUUCUGAUGAGUAACAUAAAUCAAGAUUCGUUGGAUAAUUACAACCCGUUUGACGAUCCUGCUCCAAGAUAUGAAACAUUAACACCAACUAGUAAAGAUUCAGCUCUGGAUGAUCGAAGUUCCAGUUAUGCAGUGGAUAUUCCCCCACCACCACUUCCACAAAUGGAACUCAAUCCACCCUAUACUAAAGCUACAGCUGGCAAUGAAAGCAUCUUGGCGUUGGAACGUAGACAAGCUGAACUUGAAGCUCGUGCAGCUGAACUGGAUCGUCGGGAGAAAGAACAACAAGCUCGCAUGAAUUCUAUCCAGGCGACUCCAAGUAAGAAGACGGAGAAUGAUCGAAUAUAUCCACACAAUUGGCCACCUUUCCCACCAUUUUGUCCAUGUAAACCAUGCGUAAGACAAGAUUUUGACAAUGAUAUCCCAUAUGAUUGUCGAUGGAUGGCUAAAACAGGUUAUGGGAUAUGGUUAGGCUAUGCUGCCUUGUUGAUACUGAAUAUGGGUGGAACACUUGGCUAUUUUAUUGUUGGUACUGGAGGUGCUGAAGGACCAUUAUUCGGUGCAUCUAUCUUGUUAACGCUUGUUAUGCCUCCGUUGAGCUUUUUCGGUUGGCAUCGGCCUUUGUAUAAAGCAUUAAGGUCAGACAGUUCAAUUAAUUAUAUGAUAUUUUUCAUCUUCUUCUCUGCGCAAACAAUUGUCAUUUUAAUCCAAUGUCUUGGUAUUGACUAUCUUGGAUCAUGUGGUUGGAUCAAUGGGAUAAAAACUUUGAAUCAUCAUGAUGGUGUUGGUGUUUUUAUGCUUUUGAUCGCUACAAUGUUCUCGGUUCUUGCUGGAUGCUGUGCCUUCUUAUUGUACAAGGUGCAUAGAUAUUAUCGAUCAUCAGGUGCAAGUUUACAAAAAGCUAAAUUAGAAAUGACCAACGCAGCAAUGUAUGAACAUGCUGCUGCAGGAUUCGGUGCAAUGCCAUAAAAAUUCUGAUCAUGACGAACAGAGGAAGAAGAAAAAGAAGCAGAAGAAACCGGGUCAAAUUUCACUUAUCACUACUAUUACUACCCUUGCCCCCAAUCCACCUAAAAAACAAACAUUUUAAUAAUACGUGAUAUAUACUACUUAUAUAUUCGUAUAUAAGUAGUAUAUAUGCAAAGUAUCCAGUGACAUAUCAUUCAGCUAACCUUCCCCAGCCACCCCCUUUUUUUCGUAUGACAUACCAUAUACACUGUUCUCUUAUUUAUUAGCUGACAAAAAGAGAAGCAAUUUAUAUAUACUAUGGCUGUGAAAUGUAUUCAACCUCUGUUUUGUUUUGUUAUUUUCUCUAUUCAUUGUGAUAACCAGUAUCGUUUUUUUCUCAUUUAUGACGUGUUUUUGAUACUGCACAAGUUGAUUCUUCGUCAAGAUGGCGUGUUUGUUUGUUUGUCUGUGUGUGUGUGACAGGAACUGCUCCAAAAAAACACAAAAGCUCAUCAUUCCAUAUAUUUCCCACUUUUAUUUUUAUUUUUUCCUGAAAACACAUAAAUACUGCCUUCUAUGCGCGCUAACUUUUUGUUUUCUACAGUAAAUUAUGACGUCAACAACAUCAUCUCAUCAUCAACAUUCCAAUAUGACACUGAGAAUUUCUCUGUUUUAAUGUUAUGUAACUUUGUUUGUUCUUAUUUUAUUUAUAAUUUAAAAAAGAAACAAGUUGAGUUUUUCUUUC